AAGGCGUAAUAUGCCGAAAUUGAACAAAACUAUGUAUACAAUACCUAAAUCUUAGUAAGUGUCUCUAUUAUUACAGUAUGCAAAUGACCAGAAGGCAUUUCCCCAAUACCCAAGCCCAGCUAUGGGAGGCGUAGCUGGUGUGCCAGGGCCACGUGGUGCAGUAGGUGCCCCUGGUAACCCUGGGCCCCAGGGAUUUCCUGGUGCACGUGGUGAAACUGGCGAGCCUGGUCAACCAGGAUCACCAGGGCCCCGUGGAUUACCAGGACCUCAAGGACCCCCAGGGCAGGAUGGUGAUGAAGGCAUGAUGGGUGAAAGCGGACCCCCAGGACCAACCGGUUCCCCUGGAGAUGCCGGACGACCUGGAAUUCCAGGUAUGCCAGGACCAAAAGGACACAGGGGAGCUCUUGGAAGACCAGGUGCACGCGGUAUGGCAGGAAAAACCGGAGACAAGGGCGAUGUUGGAUCUACCGGACCACCAGGUGGUCCCGGACCCACUGGACCAGCCGGACAACCAGGAGAUCGUGGACGUGAUGGUGCCCCCGGAUCACCCGGUCUAACUGGACUCGAUGGCAAAGAUGGUGAACGUGGAAUGCCGGGAAAUACAGGCCCACCAGGAUCUCCAGGAUUUCCAGGAGCAUCCGGACCUAAGGGAGACAGUGGUCAACCAGGUAGCCGUGGUUUAAUUGGUCUUCCCGGACCCGACGGACAGAAUGGAAGUCCAGGACAACCCGGCGAGCCCGGACCCCCUGGAUUACCCGGACAAGAUGGCGAGCCCGGCGGAAAAGGAGACGUUGGUCCACCAGGCACCCCAGGCGCUACUGGAUUCCCAGGCGCACAAGGUCCUCCUGGUCUUUCCGGAUCUGCAGGUGCACCCGGUCCAAAAGGAGACGCUGGUCAAGAUGGCCUUCCAGGAUCCACUGGCGAGCAAGGAUUGACCGGAAGUCCAGGAUAUCCAGGAGAACGUGGAUUACCAGGCCUCGCAGGACAGCCAGGACAACGGGGAGCCACUGGACAACAAGGACCUCCAGGCCCACCAGGAAAUCAGGGAGAAAUGGGAUCCCCAGGUUUACAGGGUAUGGCUGGUUCCCCAGGAAAUCCUGGUUACCCCGGCAAAGAAGGGGAACGCGGACCCGAGGGAGAGAGAGGCGCCGAAGGAUCACCAGGAGCACCAGGUUUAAUGGGCCCCAUCGGACCAACUGGACCAAGAGGCGUGUCAGGUCCAUCAGGAAAUGAUGGUCGACCAGGACCCCCCGGACAAACAGGCCCAGCCGGAGAGAACGGUAAAGAUGGCGAACAAGGAGCUCAAGGCCAACCCGGCCUGCCAGGUAGCGUUGGAAUGCCAGGACCAAAGGGAGAUGAAGGAGCCGCAGGACGACCUGGUGAAGCAGGACCACAGGGUAAUCCGGGACCACGUGGAGAGAGAGGUUUCAGUGGUGAACAAGGAGCUGAAGGACCUGUCGGACCUGCUGGUCCAACUGGCGAGGUCGGUACCCCAGGAAUACAGGGAGAGCCUGGAAUUGCUGGACCUAUUGGACCUCCUGGCCGACCUGGGGAAACCGGUAAAACCGGACCCAAUGGUGAAUCAGGCCCAUCCGGAGAACCAGGAGCACCUGGUGAACGGGGAGAGCCUGGUUUCCCUGGUGAGACAGGAAGCACAGGAUCACGUGGCGCACCCGGUGAACGUGGACCGUCUGGACCCGCCGGAGAGAUGGGACCACCUGGACCUGAGGGACCAUUUGGACCACGUGGCGAACCAGGACCACAGGGACUUGCUGGUCUCCCUGGAGAGUCUGGAUUACCAGGACCCCCAGGGUCAAAGGGAAACCGAGGUAUGCCAGGAGAGCGUGGCGCGGAUGGUAAACCUGGAGAAAUGGGACAGACUGGACAAAUCGGACCCCCAGGUCUCCCUGGCCCACAGAAUACCAUGGCCCCACCUAAAGGAGAUCCCGGGGAGCCGGGUCAAGCUGGAGAACCCGGUGCACCAGGAGAGGGUGGUGUAAUGGGAUUUGCAGGCGCUGCUGGACAACCCGGUCCACCAGGACCAGGGGGGCCCCCAGGAUUCCCCGGAGAACCAGGAGAGGCUGGACCCGCAGGCCCUCGGGGCAACCGCGGACAACCGGGAUACCCAGGAGAAAACGGACAAAGGGGUGAAACGGGACAACCUGGUAGUGACGGACGUAAAGGCGGCCGUGGCCUCCCCGGACCAAUUGGUUUAACUGGAACGCCAGGAACUCCCGGAAGGGUGGGAGCCCCGGGCGUUGACGGAGAACCAGGAGCUAUGGGACCACCAGGAAACACCGGAGCUCCCGGUGCUCAGGGUGACAGAGGAGAGGUUGGACCCCCCGGCCCUGCCGGUAAGGACGGUGCCCCUGGAUUGAACGGACAAGAUGGCGGAGUAGGUGAGAGAGGAAAUACUGGCCCACAGGGAUUAACAGGCGCUCCCGGUGUACCAGGACCACAGGGUGAUCGCGGACAACCGGGGUACCCCGGACAACAGGGCGCACAGGGACCUCAAGGACCGUCAGGAGAACAAGGUGUGCCAGGAGAAGAAGGAAGAAACGGUGAGGAUGGAGCACCAGGUUUACCCGGAGCCCCAGGACCCAUGGGACUCCCUGGCGUUUCAGGCGAUCAAGGACCACCAGGACAACCCGGUCAAGACGGAGCGCCAGGACAACCUGGUCGCCCAGGUGACAAAGGAGACAGUGGACCUAUGGGAACACCAGGAAUGCAAGGCAACCCCGGACCAAUGGGAGCACCCGGACCAUCAGGAGAAACCGGCCAACAGGGAGAACGAGGAGAAAGGGGAGACCGUGGAACACCAGGACCUAUGGGAGCCCCCGGAAGUCAGGGACCAGCAGGAGCACCAGGCGCAAAUGGUGAGAAAGGUGACAAAGGACAACGUGGACCAGCGGGAGACAAGGGAUGGCCAGGUAUACCCGGAGCUCAGGGACCACCCGGACCACCUGGACCAUCUGGAGAUAGCGGACGACCAGGACCACCCGGUCCACCAGGACAACAGGGUAAUGCAGGUGCACGUGGAAAUAACGGAAAGGAUGGACCAAUGGGACCAGUCGGCGCACCAGGUCUUAGCGGACCUAGAGGACCCCAGGGACAUGAUGGACCUCAGGGACCAUCAGGACCUCCCGGACCCCCUGGCCGACCAGGACCACCGGCAUAUGCCCCAGUUAUGCCAAGCCAGCCAUACGUAAACAAUUACAAGGGACCAAUGGGUGAUGAAUACGGAUACCAGUAUGACCAGCCACAAGCCGACCAAGCAAUUCCAGAACCUAGCCCGGAUAUGUUGGUGAAUCUGAACUACAUGUUGAACGCCUUUGACUUGAUGCGCCGACCAAUUGGCACCAAAGAGGCUCCAGGCAGGUCUUGUGAACACAUCCGUGAAAUGAGCACACUCAAACUAGAGAACGGAAAAUACUUCGUUGACCCACUCCCAGGUGCCUUCGAGCCAUUCGAGGUUGAGUGCAAGUUCCACAGUGACUAUGCAGAAACAUGUGUUAAGAAUGCAAACAAGUUCGGUGAUAAGAAGUGGUUUGACCAGAAGAUGUCAUCUGUUUGGUUCGUAGAGCACACCACUGGAGAUAUGCUUGACUACACAAUCAGAAGCAGCCAGAUGGAAAUGUUGCAACGUCAAAGCGAUAUCGCCACACAAGAAAUCACAUUCCAUUGUUUCAACAUGAAGACCAAUGGAUUCCAAUUCUUCACUCACGAUGAGAACUCAAAUUACAUUGAUACGUCAUCAACAAGGUAUCUUGGCGCAACAAGAAUUGAAAAGGACGAAGGAUGUGACAAGGGCAAAUGGGGCAAAUCAUCUUACAAGAUCACCACCAAGAGAACGCGGGUUCUUCCAGUGACAGACAUGUUGGUUUAUGACGUAGGUGAUGACGAAGAAUUCGGUGUGGAUGUCGGUGAGGUCUGCUUCCGGCCAGAAGUCCGCAAAUAAACAUUGAAGUCCGCAAAAUAAACUUUUAGGAAUGAUUUUUUUUUUCAUUUUCUAAGAUUUUUUCAUUAUUUUUUUACGGACAUAUGUGCAAUUCUUUCUCUUCGAAACAAAGAAACGCCACGUGCAGAUAACACUCAUGGUAUUUUGACUCAUUUACAGCGAAAAGACAUAAAAACCGAAAAGACAUAGAAAAACGAAAAGUCAUAAGUAAAAAGAAUAAAUUAUGGCUCAAUGUGAAGUUUUUACAAUCAAAUAAGGAUUGCAUAAUUUGAAUCCAAGCAUAUGACAUAGAUAAAAAACUGAGUGUGUUUUGAUUUUUUUAACAUAAUAAUUGUUUCAAAGAAAUCUGUGAUCUAAAAAAUCUCGGUACUGUUAAUGACGAGGGGUGUAGAAAAACCAUCGUUUGGAGGUGCGCUAUAUUUUACGUAAGGAGGUAUUUGGACAUUUUGUAGCAAGAACUUGUGGAAAUGACUUUGAAAACCUACCAGAAGUGUAAAAUAUGAAAAAUCAUGGUGAAUAGUAGAUGCUUAUUAAUUGAAAACGUUGCGAAUUUGCCAGAUUUGACCUUCCCGAUAUAAAUCAUGGCACUGUAAAGUCGGCGAAUGUCAUUUAUGAGCAAAUUCAAUACAAUACUUAUAUGUGAUACAUGUGACUAUUAUAGCAAUAUAUGGUCACAGAUUUGGCACUAAAAUCAUGGCAAAUAACAUCACUAUAAAGUGCCGGAAGUGAUUUUAAUUGGAAAUCAGGGCGAAAUGGUAGAUGUAUCAGAUGUUUGAAAAAGCCCGAUCUAUUCCGUCCAUCUAUGUUUUUUGUGUAUUUGUUUGACGUUUUUUGAUACAUUUUUUUAUUUGUGUUUUCGUUUACAGAGUGGUUUAUGUAUAAAACUGCUUUCGUGUCAUUUUUUAUCAUUUGACUUCGUUUAUUUUCUUUGUGUUUAUUUUUGGUGCAAUAAGAUUGCGCAUUGCCUUAUUUCUGUCUAGACGGUGUCUACAAAUUGGCACAUUGGAAUCUAGGGCAUCAGAUAGGCCUGGUUUUAAGAAAGCAUUUGAUAUUAGUUUUACUUUGGGAGCCUGGGAAAAAGAUAAAAGUGGGUAAUAUUAUCUAAACAAAGUUAAUUUUUAACACAAAUUUUGAUAAAUGUCUAAAUUAUCACGUGAUAUUACCACGACCUGAACCACAUGCGUUCAUUAGUUUGAUGAAAAACAUCGGCUGGUUCUUUUUUAAUCUAGAUAACUUUCAUGAGAAUUUCUGCAGAGCUAUUCUUAGAAAAGGGAUGAAAGGAAAUUAAAAACUUUUCGCUCAAUUUAAAGCGCGUUUAAUCCGGGGAUCUUGAGUAAUAGAAUAUCAAGGCAUGGAACCAUGGCAGUUUCUGCUGCUUGAAAAUUAAUGGCGGUCUGGUUUGUAGAUUUGGUCCAGAUGAAACAUUUCAUUGUUCACAAUGGGUUAUUAAAGUUCUUGCUUCUAUGAAUGCAUGUCUUUGAGUUACCCCACGUGAUUUCUUAUUGCAUUUUCUUAACGCGUUAUUGUAUGACGUCAUUCCGUAUAUUACAAGUUUAUCGUCUGCUGAUAUCAGAAAAUAUCAUAAUAUGUGAUGAUAAAAGAGAAGUAUGAAUGCAUUCGGUUUCUGGACUCAUUCUAAGUAUGUCAAAUGACUUAAACACUAUUUUUAUAUCAUAAUACCAUCUUCUGUAUUUUUCUUAAAGUCUGUAUUUUUUUCAUUAAUUCUUGAUAUAUUUUUGAUACAAUUCAUUCAUAAACACACAUUAAUUUGUCUCACCAUCAUGCCUCAUUCUAGGUUGUCCGUUUUGUUUUCAAUUUCAUUUGAUCUUGUUUUAUUUUCAAUAUUGAUUUUUGUUUCGUUUAUUUUUCGGUGUUUUAUAAUUUUGAGCUAUGUAUGAAUGUUUUGGGUGAUACAGCGGUGUUUUGUGUAAGCUGACAUAAACAAAGAAAUAAAUCUUAUUUAAGUUG